GAGAGAGAGAGAGGGCGGAAAACGCCUUAUAAAGAAGCAAGCAAUACUCCUACUACCACUACAGAGCCCUCCCUCCCCUUCCUCUCCCCAUUCGCUUUCCAGAAUAGUCAUCCCUCCUCUCAUCCGCAUCAUCAAACAGAGCCUCUGCUAAAAAACGGAGCAAGAAGAACAUGUAAAAGGACAAUAUUGAAGGAGAGCUGAAACUCUGUAUCAGGGUGUUGGGGGUUAGCUCCUGCUGAGAGAGUGAUGCGCGCUGGAGCUUGCACUAUCCAGCAGGCCCUCACAGCCGAGGCAGCCUCCAUUCUUAAACAUUCUCUUAACCUGGCUCGUCGCCGUGGCCAUGCUCAGGUCACUCCCCUUCAUGUCGCAGCCACUCUCCUCAACUCUUCCUCCUCUGCUUCUUCCCUUCUCCGGCGUGCCUGCAUCCGCUCUCAUCCUCACCAUCCCACUUCCCUCCCUCUCCAAUGCCGAGCUCUCGAGCUCUGCUUCAAUGUUGCGCUCAACCGCCUUCCCACAUCCCCUCCACCUUCUUCUUCCUCAUCCCUCCUCCACUCACACCCCUCUCUCUCCAACGCCCUCAUCGCUGCUCUCAAACGAGCUCAGGCUCACCAAAGGCGAGGUUGCAUUGAGAGCCAGAAUCACCACUCUCAUCAAACGCAGCAGCAGAACAACCAGCCUCUGCUUGCCAUUAAGGUCGAGCUGGAACAGCUCACCAUCUCCAUUCUCGACGACCCCAGCGUGAGCAGAGUGAUGAGAGAGGCAGGCUUCUCAAGCACCAGCGUUAAACAAAACCUUGAGGAGGAUUCCUCUUCGGGGUUUGGAAUGGCUAUAUCCACCAAGCCACAGCCCUUCCUUUUCGACAACAGCAGUGUUUUCUUGCCAACUCAGUUCAUGAAAUCGGUAGAAAAGAAGGAAGAAGAUUUGAGAGUGGUUUUCGAGGUGAUGAUUAGAAGAAAGCUGGUGCAGUUUCAGCAGCAGAAUGGUAAGAGGAGCGGUAACGCCGUUGUGGUGGGAGACUCUGCUUCCAUUGCAGAGGGGAUUAUGGAUGAGUUGUUGAUGAGGUUGGAGAAAGGAGAGGUGCCAGAGGAGUUGAGAGGAGCUCAGGUUAUUAAGCUUCAGCUUUCAUACGUGCAUCUUAGGCUUAUGAGUAGAGUAGAUGUAGAAAUGAAGAUUUCUGAUCUUAGAAGAAGGGUCUUCUCUUCUUUGGAGAAAGGUGUUAUUGUCUAUGCAGGGGACUUGAGGUGGGCAGUAGAUGAAGAGGAUAGAGAUGGGGAGUGUUUAGCUGGGUUUAAGCCAGUGGAAUAUUUGAUUUCAGAGGUUGGUAGGCUUCUCUCUGAGUUCAGGAGUGGUAUCAACGGACUGGGAGGAGAAAGAGGAAGGAUUUGGGUCUUAGCUUCUUCUAGCUAUAAGACUUACAUGAGAUGUAAGCUGAUUAAUCCAUCUCUUGAGUCCCAGUGGGAUCUUCAGGCUGUAUUAGUUCCUUCUGGUGGUCUUGCACUGAGUCUCCAUGCCCCCUGUGGCAUGGACUCAGUGGUGUCAAAACUUAGGCAGUAUCACCUCCAGCUGUUGGAACCUAGAGUUUCUAAUGCUGUGGAAGAGGAAGAUAAGCUUCUUUGCUGUGCUGAAUGCUUCGCAAAUUAUGAGAAAGAGGCUGCUUCAGUUUUGAAAUCUGAAGCUAAAGAAGGCAUUGCUGAAAAUACUCAGUUGCCAUGUUGCAUUCAAAGUCAAAAACCAGAGAAGCUUUACAAGAUUAACUUUCUGGAGUUGAGAAGGAAAUGGAAGAGACUAUGCCAAAACCUUCAUCAAUCUAGAAUCAGUCAUACUCAAGUGCAUCCUCCUUCCAUCAGCAAAGUAAUUCCUUCAUCUCAUCCUUGGUGGUCUAAUAGCUUGCCUUCAACCAAGAGCAAGUUAACCAUUGAACCAAGCUCGAUGUCAUUCACAGCUUAUAGCAAAGAAAGUCCAAAACAAUGGUCAUUGGAAUCAAACCCGAAGUCGUCGAGGAGGCCAAUCAUGACAACUCUUGCACUCUGUAACCCUCUGUUCACUGAUUCCGCAACAUCAACUGAUCAUAAAAAGGCAACCGUAGUAAGCCCCAGAGGAUUAGCCCAAAAGUUACAGGAGAACAUUCCAUGGCAAUCUGAGCAUAUUCAUUUGAUUGUAGAUGCAUUGCUUGAUCUCCAAUCAAGUGAAAAGAAGGGGACCUGGAUAAAGAUUCAUGGGAAUGAUCGGAUUGCCAGGAGGCGCUUGGUUCGUGUGGUAGCUGAAUCAUUUUUUGGAUCUGUUGACAGAAUUUUCCACAUCAAUAUGAAGAGAUCAGCAAGUAGGGCAAUUGAUCUUCUCAAAGAAGCACUAGGAAAGGAAUCUAAAACUGUGGUUCUGAUUGAAAACAUUGAUUGCGCCAAUCCAGAGUUUGUCAACUUGAUCAAUGAUGGAAACAAGGUUGGAUUUUUGAAGGAUUCAUGUGGAAGAGAGGUUGAUUUGACUAAUUUGAUAUUUAUUUUGACAAGUUCUGCAUCGCCCAAGAGUGGAAUAUUGGAAGAAGAAGAAGAAGACUGUGACAGUGUUCUUAGAAUGAGGAUGUGGAUAGAUGGGGAAGAGGAACAUCAACCAAUGCCUAACGAAAAGAGGAUGAGUGAGUGGAAUCCGACAAGAGAACAGAAGAAGCCGAGAACAGCAGAUAGAGGUGAGCUGGAUCUCAAUGUAGCCAUCACCGGUGAUGGCGAUGGUGAUGACGAUGGAGUGUUAAGUGAUCUCACAAAUGAGGUUUGUGCAGGCGGCGAUGAAGUUCAGCUCCCUGCAACUGCUGAAUUUAAUUUUGAUAUGAACACCGACAUACUUGAUCACAUUGUAGAGGGCUUCACAACUAGGCUUCAACGAGCAUUCGAGGCCACAGUAGGCAGAAACGGAGGUGAAGAAAGGCUGGUGGUGGACCUUGCCGUGGCGCAAGAGCUUGCCACAGCUUCUGGCUUUUUUCUGGAGGUCGAGUUCGAUAAGUGGUUGAGGGAAGUUUUUCAAAAUUGUAUUCCAACGGUCAAAAGGGGCGGGAAGGUGAGAUUGCUGAUUGAGGGCAAAGAAGGAAAUAGGUUAGAGUUUGGUUUCCAAGGCUCGGCUCUCCCCAUGAAAAUCUCAGUGGAUUGAGCCUUAACUUUUUCUGUAAGAUCAAAUGACCAAAUGCUGCCAAGUUUUUUUUUUUUUUAUAUCGUUAAUUCUAUUAAUUUAGCUAAGAUCAAAUGCCAAUGAUGAAGCAUUUUUGCCUA